AUGGCGCCGCCUCCCCCCGCGGACGGCGCGAACGCGGCGGGACAACCGGAUGGUAACGCGGCGACCGCGCCGUCUCCCGGGGCGUUCAGCGCGGCCGGCGCGCCGAUCCCGGGCGCGCCGCUCGCGAACGCCGCCGGCGGCGUGGCAUUUCCUCCGAACUUUUCUGGCGCGAGCGCGGUCGCGCCAGGGGCCGCGCCGGGGGCCGCGAACGAUCCCGCCGCGCUCGCGGCCGCGAUGGCGCACUUCAUGCAGAACUUCAUGCAGAACGGCGCGAUGCCGACGCCGUUCGCUAACCCCGCGAUGGCGGCGAUGGCGCAAGCGCAAGCGGGCGUCGCCGAGCACCUGCAAAGGAGCGGCUCCGCGGCGGCGCUUCGGAGCGAUCCGAGGAGCGGCGACGGCGGGCCGCCCUCGCGCGGACCCACGCCGGGCGCGCUCGGGAGCGAGAUCGGGUCCGCGGCGUACAACAGGAAGGACAAGAGCUUGGGGUUAUUGUGCGAGAAUUUCCUCCACCUCUACGGCGCCGGUCAGGAGGAGCUCAUCUCCUUGGACGAAGCCGCGACGAAGCUCGGCGUGGAGCGUCGACGCAUCUACGACAUCGUCAACGUCCUCGAAUCCGUCGAGGUCGUCGUCCGCAAGGCGAAGAACAAGUACACGUGGCACGGCAUCGCGCGCAUGCCGAACGCGCUGGACCGUCUCUAUCGCGAGGGCGUGAAGGAGUUCGGCGAGGACCUCGCGCUGGACGGCGGCGACGCCUCCGGGCCGUCCUCGCCGAAGCGCGGGGGAGGAGGCGGGUCGGAUGCGCGCGAUGCCGUGGAGGAGGAGAAGGAGGAAAAAGAAAAAGAGGCACCGGGACGAGACGCGGCGGGUCCCUCGGGGGCGGAGGAGAAGGACGCGAAGUCCGGGAGCUCCGGCGAGGGCGAGCACGACCCCUCCGACGGCGGCGGCGGCGACGCGAAGAAGGACGACAAGGACGACGGCGAGGACAGCGCGAAGAGCUCAAAGGACGACGAGACCGCCGCCGCGACGGCGAGCCACAAGCCGGGGGGCGGGAAAGAAAAAGAAGGCGGCGGCGACUGCCGACGCGAGAAGUCUCUCGGCCUUCUCUCGCAGAAGUUCGUGCAGCUGUUCUUGGUCUCGCGCGCGCGCGUCGUGUCCCUGGAGGCUGCCGCGCGGACGCUCCUCGGCGCGUGCGCGGACCAGGCCAAGCUCAAGACGAAAGUGCGCCGGCUGUACGACAUCGCCAACAUCCUCUCCAGCCUCCGCCUGAUCGAGAAGACGCACCUCGUGGACUCGCGGAAGCCCGCGUUCCGGUGGCUCGGCGUCGAGAAGGACCUCGCCGUCGCCGCGGCCGCUGCGGAAGCGCAAGCGCACAACAAGGGGGGCGGGCUCCCCGGGGCGCCCAUCCCGGGGCUGCCGGGUGGCGCGCCCGCGUUCAACCCGCAGUGGUUCAUGCCAAACUCGAUGGGCCGCGCGCCGACGCCCGCGCCGUUCGACGUCCAGGGCCCCGCGCGGCCGGGGUCGUCGUUGGGGAAGAGCAAGCGCGACAGCGGCGGGCCGUCUAGUUUGAGCGAUAAGUCCUCGCCCUCGCGCGAGUGCGCGGUCCUGGACGCACUCGGCGGGGACAUCAAGCGCCCGAGGAGCGCGCUGGGUAACGCGGCGUCGUCGAGCGGCGGCGGCGGGUUCGCGGCGCCGCCGCACGCGCCGACGCCGAGGGCGGCGACGCCGAAUCUGGACCUCCUCAGCGCGCUCGCGAGCGGGGAAGCGGGGGACCCGUCGCCGACGCGGCCGAUCCCGACGGUUGCUCCGGCGAUGAACGCCGUCGCGCCGUGGUUGAGCGGGUUGGGCGGGAUGGCGGGCGCGAACGCGGCGGCGGCGCCGGCGGCGGCGAACGCGGCGACUUCCGUGGAUUUCGCGGCGAUGGCGCGCGCGAUGGCGGCGGCGGGGAUAUACUCCCCGGCGCCGACGCCGCCGCCGCAAAUGGACGCGGCGCCCGCGGCGUUCCCGGGGAUGGCCCCCGGGAGCAUGGAGAUGAUGAUGGCGAUGGCGCAGAUGCAGCAGAUGCAGCAGAUGACGCAGCUGUCGCAGCUCCAGCGGGCGAUGAUGACCGCGGCGGGCGCCGGCGUCGGCGUCGGCGCGGGCGCGGGCGCGGGCGCGCCGACGACGGCCAGCGCGCCGGUGCCGAUCCCCGGCGCCGCCUCAAACGCCGCGGUCAAGAGCGAGGCGGUGAAGACCGAGGACGCCGCGGCCGCCGCGUUGGGGGCGCUCGGCGGUGGGAUGUUCGGUCAACCGUCGGCGGCGGCGACGCCGGCGGCGCCGGCGGUGGAUUACGUCCCGUCGCAAUUCACGGAACCGAUGGCGCAGUACAUGGACAUGUGGAAGCAGUGGUACGCCGCCGCGGGGGCGGGCGUGCCGCCGGGGGGUGGGGCGAAGUAA